UCUCUGACCACCAGGACGGGGUUACAACAAAGAAACAAAGGAAGUAAAGGGGGUCUGCUGCUUCUUUUACCAUCCGGAGAUGAUGGAAACACAUCGGGCCGCGGUCACUUCAGUCACCGGGGUCAGCAGUGCUGCCUCCGCCGGGCUGUGAGUCACUGGGCUCCGCAGAGGUGAUCGGUACUAAGGAUAGGAUCGGACCGGACCGUGCGGACUCUUUACAGGCUGCAUGCAGCAGGCUGUUCCGACAGUUUGCAGCGAAAGCUCCCCCCCUGGAGAGUUAACCAUCAGGAGGAAAGCAUCUGUACGCUCAGACUGUGACAGAGGAGGAGAAAAGAGCUGCUUCAGCGUGCAUUAAUUGUUCAGACUCACAAAGGUUUCACACCGACAUGGGAAAAGAAGCCACAGUCAUCUUGUAAGAUGUAUCCUCACCACAGAGAAAGGGAGCAGCCGAUCUUCAGCGCCCGGGCUCAUGUUUUCCAGAUCGACCCCGCUACUAAGAGGAACUGGAUCCCUGCCAGCAAGCAUGCCGUCACCGUGUCCUUCUUCUAUGAUGCUAACCGCAAUGUGUACCGCAUCAUCAGCGUUGGAGGGACGAAGGUGAGGGCGAUUAUCAACUGCACGGUCACUCCCAGCAUGACCUUCACCAAGACGUCCCAGAAGUUUGGGCAGUGGGCUGACAGCAGAGCUAACACUGUGUACGGUCUUGGUUUUGCUACAGAGCAACAGCUGCAUCAGUUUUCAGAGAAGUUUAAGGAGGUGAAAGAUGCAGCUCGGCUGGCCCGAGAAAAGUCACAGGACAAAGAACUGGCCAACACAGCGCUCACCAUCGCUGCUCCUCAGUUCUCACAGGACCUCUCUGAUGAACUCCAGUCUCCACCUGUGAUGUGUGUGAAUGGACCAGAAGAUAAGCUUUUCCGCAGCCAGAGUGCCGACAUCACGCUGUCCUCAGAGAAGGAGCGCAUUAAAAAGAUGCUCUCUGAAGGGUCUAUUUGUGAGAUGAACCUGGAGGCCGAACUCUUCACUCUACAGGACAGUAACUCUAAACUGGUGGCAGCUCUACAUGAGGCUAAUGCUAACGUGGAGCAGUGGAAGAAACAGCUGGCAGCAUACCAGGAGGAGACAGAGAGACUCAGAGACCAGGUGGCGGAAUUAGAAGCCCAUGGAGGCCAUGGCCCCAGUGACCUCUUAAAAGAUGAGCUGACCCAGUCCCUAGAAGAGCUGGAGUCCCUGCUGAAAGCCAAAGAUGAGGAAAUCCACAUUUUGCAGAGCAAGAAGGCCGACUACCAUGAAAUGGAGCAUGAUAGAGAUGAAGCUAUUCGCAGAUUACGGGAAAUGGAGAUACGAAAUUCAGAGCUGGAGCGUCGCAUCGGGAACUCAGAGCAGAACCUGAACAACUCUUUGGAGGACCGGGAUCGCAUGGAUGCUGAAAUCCAGAGGGCCAUUGAAAUUCUAGACAUCAAGAUCUUUGACCUCAAUGACCUCCGCCAGAGUCUGGUUAAACUUAUUGAAAAAUAAAAAAAAUGGAGAAAACCUGACUCAAGGGAGGAAGACACACUAUGACAGGAUUAGUUUUGUUCUGGGCGAAGAAAACAAAUCAAUAUGGAGAUGCUCCCUGUCGUCUAAGGGCACAAAAGCCACCUAUGGCUACAGGAAGGUGUCUCCAAGCUGUGCUGUUCUCAACAAGGAGUUGGCCCAAGCAGCAGCAUACACAUGCUUGUCCAGUCUAUUGUAAUGCUUCAUGAUGCUUUCAAGGGUAACAUUCAAUGCAAUAAAACAACUUUAAGGUAAGUGCUUGACAGUGCUAGACAGUAAUAAUGGUGCUUGUAGUUUUUCCUAGGUAUGACUUUUGUACACAAAAUGACAAUGCAGUGGCAAUGAUACUGACAAGAGGCCUUGUUUAUUUUUUUCAAGUGACAGGUACGGAUAUCCACGAUAAAAUGAGUCCAUGCACAUAAGAAAAGUGAGAUAAUAUCAAGAGGACAGUGAAUGCAAAUAAAACUUACAAAAGACAAGGGAGAUGCCAAUGUAACAGCCUGCAUACAUCAUCAUUAUUACUGAAUUAACCACAAAGAAAGGAUGGUUUUUAGAAAUAGUAUGCAAGUAGUGUUUCAUUUUACAUUAUGGCAUGGACAAACAACAGACACUAAAUAUGAGAUCUGCAUAUUUACAAUAAUAUUACACAAAGUGUUGAAUCACUGAUAAGGUCUUCAUCACAUCUUCAUUCAAGCUAAUAAGAAAAAUUUAAGUCUAUAAGAGACCCAACAGUUAUCUGUAUGCACAUUUAAGUAGAUAAAAUCCAAUAAGUUAUGAUGAAUAUUAAUAUGAUAGAAUAAGAAAUGUUAAAAUAUUAAGUAAAGAUGAUAGAUAAUUCAAGACUAAAUGUUUCAGAUAAGUUUAAAUGGUGUUUGGACUCUGCUUCAUCUUUUCACAAGCCACUGACUUAGUAACUUAUUUAUGAUGCAUUCAAGGAAAUCACAUAUUCAUGCCUUCUGUCAUUUCUCAGCACGUUAACUUAAGCUGUGGACAAUAUGCCAAACGCCUUCAGAGUCUAUAACCACACCUACUGUAUCCUCGAACAGAGCAUACGAAGCUGUGUUUUUAUUUUUCAGGCCUUACUGUUUUAAGAUGGCUGUUAAUAGU